CAGAUUGCAUGCUAUUAGUUACUCUUCAUAUCACUCUAGCUUCAAAUAGAACAUAUCUGUCUUCACCAAUGGCUCUCAGUUAACUUGUGUCUGUGUGGCUGGCCUAGAUUUGUUUGCUGAGACUUCCGCCUUACUGGUUAUGAAUUUAUUGAAGGAUUACUGGUAGGUCCCUUUGGACAAUAUGUAGCACUAUUGAAACAUCGGUCUGCCUUUAUUCACAGAUAGUUGAGCUUUUCAGCUGGAAAGCCUUUCCUUUUUUCUUUCAGCUUACUGAACUUAUGAAACUAUGGCAGAAGGAGAGACGGAGUCACCUGGCCCCAAAAAGUGUGGCCCAUAUAUCUCAUCUGUCACUAGCCAGAGUGUAAACUUGGUGAUUCGAGGAGUAGUCUUGUUUUUUAUUGGAGUGUUUCUUGCAUUAGUGUUAAAUUUGCUCCAGAUUCAGAGAAAUGUGACCUUAUUUCCACCCGAUGUAAUUGCGAGCAUCUUUUCUUCUGCGUGGUGGGUACCACCAUGCUGUGGCACAGCUUCAGCUGUGAUUGGAUUAUUAUACCCCUGCAUUGACAGGCAUCUAGGAGAACCACAUAAAUUUAAAAGAGAGUGGUCCAGUGUAAUGCGGUGUGUAGCUGUCUUUGUUGGUAUAAAUCAUGCCAGUGCUAAAGUGGAUUUUGAUAACAACAUACAGUUGUCUCUCACACUGGCUGCACUCUCCAUUGGACUGUGGUGGACUUUUGAUAGAUCUAGAAGUGGUUUUGGCCUUGGAGUAGGAAUCGCUUUCUUGGCAACUGUGGUCACUCAACUUCUAGUUUAUAAUGGUGUUUACCAGUAUACAUCUCCAGAUUUUCUCUAUGUUCGUUCCUGGUUACCAUGUAUAUUUUUUGCUGGAGGCAUAACAAUGGGAAACAUUGGUCGACAACUGGCAAUGUAUGAAUGUAAAGUUAUUGCAGAAAAAUCUCAUCAAGAAUGAAGAAGGCAAAAAUAUAUCUUUUGUACAGAAAAAGAAGAAGAAAAGAGCAUGUAAAUUAUAUAAACAAAGUUUUGGACUGUAAAAUUGCCAGGAUGCAGUUUUUCCCUUGAUUGGUGUGUAUAGACACACACACACGCACGCACCCACACAGGCACACACACAAAACACACAUUACUACUGCAAUCUGUGAUUGCUUCACCUGUAAAUCAGUUAUAAACCUUUAUGUAUUUGACUUAAAAACUGUAAGAUAUAUGUGCGUUACAUUAAAAAACAUUGAUUAGUAAAUGCGUUUUUUAAUUUCUUAGAUAUACCAUACAUUUUAUUGCAAUGUUAAUGUGCCAAAAUAUUCUAUUACUGUCAGCUAAGAGUCUAAGAAUGCUUUGAACAAUUUAUAAACUUAGUGAAAUAAAAUAACAGGAAUGCCAAAAAUAAAAAGCAAAUGGGAAGCCGGUAUUUUCUCUGUCAGUUACUGUUGUGCCUUUUUGUUUUUCCAGUCACAGCAAUUUGACUUAUGAGUUCCCAAAUAUAUGAUUGGUUUUUAUUUUGAUGUUGUUUAGAGAGUUCAAAUAUUUCAGAAUAUAAUGAAAAUGAAGCUCCAUAGAGAAGGAUUUCAAACCUACUUUACUGGAAACAGCCAGAAAAUAAUUUUCUGUUUCAACAGAUUUUAUUGGAGUUACAUGUAAUUAGCAGGUGAUAAACAUCAUUGAACUGUUUUGAGUCUAAACUUGGAAGAAAACAUAAAAUUAAAAGUUAGUGAAUUUAACUAGAAUAAAUGUUUUGGAACAACAAAGUAAGCCUCUUGUCACAAAAUGCAAAGUGAUAUUAACUGUCAUUUGCAACACAGAAUCUCAUAGUGCUGUUGCACAUGGACCGAUAAGAAACUUCAAACAGAUCAAAAUGAAGUUUCUAAUUCUGUUGGGUUCUAUAGUCUAUUGAUUCUGUAAAACAAACCACUUAAGCUGACUUAGUCUUAUGACUCAUUGUCAGUGGCAUGCCUGGACUUGUAACCUUAUCAAGCAGUCUGGGGAAAGCAUGGGUGCAUAAUUUCUUAUGUACUCAUGUCCACUAGUGAAUAGUUCAAGUCUGUUAAAGGAUGAAUUGAAAUAGUAUUCAGUGCAUGUUAAAGAUCUUGGUAAUAAUUUUGGGCAUGUCUUUUUAAUAACUAUAAAGCCAUUUAAGUGUGGUUUAAAUAUAUUCUUAGCUAACUUUCCCCCUAGUUUUUCUUUUUGAAAUAAUUGACAAUGUCUGAUACCCAAGAGCAAAAUCUUCUGAAUAUUCUGUUGAGUGUGUGUGUGUGUAUGAUUGAAUGAGAGUAUAUAUGUAUAUAUAUAUAUAUAUAUAUAUAUAUAUGCAUGUGCUCAUGCUCUCCGAGAAUGUCAUGUAGAUAUUUUUAAAUUUUUUGUUUUAAAACUUGCUAUCAGACUGAAAUCUUGUAUGCCAGACUUUAAUGUUUUAUAUUUUCAGGGUGAAAGUGUGAAAAUCCUAAAAGGAUUUCAUAUUGAAUAUGUAUACAUAAGCUUAACUAUACUGGUGGUAAAUAUAAUACUGUAAUUUAUUAUUCUAUCUUCCAGAUAUUGUUAUUCAUUUAGAACAAAUAAGAUAUAUUUUUAGAAUCAACUUUUUAAGCACUAUGAAGUCUUUAAUAAGUUAUAAGGUUUAUGAUGUGUUUACCUUGAAAAUUGCUGUUAAAAGCAAGAUGUAUUAAAUAUGUAAUCAUCA